GUUGUUGGGAACAUCUGCCCAGGCAUCACAUUCACAUCCAAACUGAUAUUUCGACAACAUGAGUUUAUUCCAGCAUGUGAUCACAUCCUCAUUGAUGCUUGUGUUAUUCGGCCAACUGGUUUCGGCGAAUUGGGAUCCGGCAACGGGUCACCUUUAUAACUAUAGACCCAGCAAAAGCUGGAUCAGUCAGCACCAAAGCGGUGCAAGGUGUUUCAACGACGUCCAAGUCGCGGAAUGUGCUCAAAAUACCAGAUUAUCCUAUCCACAUGUGCAAUUGUUUGCUACUUUCGAAGUCGAACACUCCAAAGAUAAGAACCAUGGAUGCCCUUACGGUACCUGCUGCGGUUUCUCCGAUUUACCGUCGCCAUCCGACAUGGAAGCCGACUUGGACAACUAUCAUUCCUUCUUUUGGCAUGAUCUGGCAGGCAUUUCAGGUCCAGGUACUAACCCCAUCGCCAAUCCUCAGACGGGCACUUUCGGGUACGAAAGUAGUGAUGGGAAGUUUCACGAAGGCAAAGCCGAUGUAUCCGCAGAGCAGAAAGGCCACGAUUCCCACUACCCCGGUUUCAAGCUGCCACCCGCCUGGUCAAACUUCAACUAUCCAAGCGAUGCGUCGCAGUCGGGACAGCCCAAAUGUGGAACAGCUGACGGAGAAAAUUCAGACCCUGGGCAAACUUCGGGAAGCUACGGUAGCCGUAGUCCACAAAGGUCGGGACGCUACAGCGGCCAUAAACCUGUCCGACCUAUCUCUCCCACUACUCCCUCCGACAACAAUUCUUAGAUCAAUCUGUUUUGUAACCGCUGUGCCGUACUGAGCACCAUCAUCGAAUUGAAUAGUCCUUUAUAGCUUUUAUAACAAGCAGAUUCAAUUGAAAAGAAUCAAUGAUUCGGAGAACUACAUAUUCUAGAAGAUACCUCAAACCACUUUUUGUAAGAAUUUAAACAUAAGUUAAGCCGGGGUGAUCGAGGGUGCAACAAGUACCCCGAUCAGCAUAGUUUUGAGACAUAUGGGAGCGUUGGAAAAAUACCAAAACGGCAGCUAUAGCCUAUACAAG